CACAGCCUGGAAGCAGUCUUGGAAAAAUACUUCCUGGCAAAUGUGUUGGAACGGUCCAAGUAUGUCUCAGGGCUCCUUGAAUGGGUAACUCGCUUUGUGUACUCAAUAUUCCUGUGAUUUCAGGCGUGAAUGCCAAAUCGAAGACCUUUCGAAAUGCUCCAGCUAGGUGCAAACACCAAGAGCUACCCGCUAUAGGAAACGCUGCUGAAACAAUCGUGCGGCUAUCGUAAAACUGAAUCUGAAAUGUAUGACAGAAAUUAGGCCAAGUCUUAAAUCGGAUUGAUAGGAAAAAAACACGAUUAUCCUUCUGGAAAUAGAAAAUGCAGCGAUAGCCUAUUUUAUUUCCUACGAAUGGUAUAUGGAAUGCCUUGACAAAUACAAAGGAGAAAAGAGGGGGAAUAUCCUGCCCUGAGGAGACAGAAGAACAGUGCGUGAACUGGACUGCACGUCUUGGCCUUGGUGCCCAUCUCAUGGAAGGCAGGUCACCAGCACCUGCUUCAGGACUGCUUCAAUCUGCCUGCCCCGCCCCUGUCCUCUGAAGGCCCGUGGGUUGUCUGAGCUCUGCGGUUUGAAGCCAUGGCCUACACUCUGACCCGCCCUCGUGUCCCGAGCACACCGGCGGCCAGCCUCCUGCUCCUCGCUGUGCUCAUGGGAGCGGCUGCCUCCACCCCAGCGUCCGCCUCGGCUAUGGAGCAGUGCCUCUCCAAGCAGCACCUCAACAUGAUCGUCAAUGUCAGGCUGGCUCUGUCCGGAAAGACAACAGUCAUGGACUCAUGUGUCAGCCCGACCCAACAGACGUGUGUCCAAGAAUGCUGCUCCAAAGAGCUGGUCCCAGGUACCAGGUGCAACAUGGCUGUGUACCAACUCAACAAACCACCUGGAAGUGACAACUGUUAUUUAUUCCAUUGCCAGAGAGAGGAUGACUGCCCUCUCGUAGAAAUGAGUGGAGUAAACAGCUAUUACAUUCUUAAAGGUUUGGAUGAGUACAACCCCAGCAAUAUAACCACACUGUUGCCUGUUACAACAACCUUAACAGAAGCCACUGCUACCGUGAAAACGUCUGCACCCACCACAAAUCCAACAACUGCAGCUACCACCACAACAACCACCACCACUAUGCAACCGACCACCACUACCACUACACCAUCCACUACCACCACUCAGCCAACUACUACCACCACAGCUACUACCCCUUCAACACCAGCUACUACUACUCUAAUUAGCACUCCCACACCAAUCACCACUACCACUCUCGCAGCUACUCUUUCAACAAUGGCUGUCACCACCACAGCAGCUACCACUGCCGUAACAACAACCACUGCUACUACUCCAACUACAGCUCCCACAACACCAACUACUACAACUACUCCGACUACUACAACCACAACCCCAGCUACUACUACAACACCAGCUACUACAACCACAACACCAGCUACUACUACGACCCUGUCUACUACUACGACAACACCAGCCACUACCACUACAGCACCCACCACUGCUACUACAGUUCCAACCACGGUGACUACCAUAACCAGUACAACAGCAGAAGCCACAACCCCCACAAUGCAAGGAAUUGCCACAAGCACCACAACAACAACAGUCACACAAAUGACUACAGUUGCAAUAGCCACUAAGCCAAACACAACUACCAAAAAACAAAACAAACAUUCAAGAAAGCCAGCCGCAAAGCCAGCUUCCCAUACCGCAAAACCACUCACAGAUACUACAACCACGAAAGCAGCCGCAGCUCGUAAAAAACCGAACACAACACCGAGACCAGGCUCGGCACCCCACAAAGCCACAACCAGAAGACCCACAACUGCUCAGAAAUCUGUAACCACCGCUGCAAAACCAGCAACCACAGCCCCUGCACCAGCAACAACAACAACGGCACCAACAACAACGCCAGAACUAACAACCCAACGGACAACCACCACGCCAAGAACCGUCACAAAGAAAGUAGCCCCCCCUACUGUCAGCCCCGCCCACAAUCAGAGUUUAGUCCCUCCCCUGAAGCGAGGCGUUGACCCGCAGGGGGUGCUGAAGACCAGCCUGGCAGCCGCCGUAGUGGUAGGACUGGUGUUCUUGAGUCUUGCUGUCGCACUGCUAGGAAGAAAAGCCCUGGAGUCUUUCAAUCGACGACAUUACACCAGACUGGAGCUCAACGACCUGCAGUAUGACGUGUAAAUGACUCCCUGCCCGAAAGGACAACAAAACCAUCAGAAAGAGGUUUUUUUUUUAAAAUGGGAAUUACAUUUCUUGUAUGUUUUAAGCCACGUUUUACCAGUAAUUACAUAAAAGGGAUAGGCUGUCAUAUUUUGAAAUUUUAAAAACCACCAACAGUGGACCUUUUUAUUUGAGGGAAAACCAUUUUGGAGGGCUUAAGCAGAAAGGCGUAAACAGCAAUACCUCUAUUCCUCAAACUCAGGAACCCUUUAAAAUCUGGUCAAAAGAGAAAAAUAUGACUAAACAGAGCGAAAUCCUCCCACGGUGUGCAUCAUUUCAUAAAACAUAACUAAACCCGAACAACCCUAAACAGUUGUAGUAUAGAUCAUGUAGGUAAGAGAUCUUUCUUCGUAAAACCUACUCUUGCAUGUAAAUAUCUGUCAUCGGUAUUUCUUGGUCCAGACUGCAGUGCAACGAGGUGGUGUUCUUACUUGACUUAAUUGCCAGUCUUUUAACAGUGCAUACCUGGUUUCACAUUCUUUCAUUGUAUUGUACAGAAGUAAUAACAAAACUGUUGUGAGGAUAGCCCCAGCGAAGACACAAGAACGGUUGUUAGCUUUGUUCACUAUUCUCUUAAAUGUUUUUAAUUCACACAUUCUCUACACAUUUUAAUUCUUGCUGUUUCACUAAAAUAGCUUUAAUAGGUAGAUUACACUGACUGCACAUCAUAUUUAUUACAUUUGUGUGUGUGUUUGUGUGUAUGCGCGCGUGUGUGUAUGUAUGCUUAGAAGGAGGAUGUAAAAAUUAUUGCCUACAGGUAGGCUAAAACACAAAGGUGGGUGUCAAUUAGUUGUAAUAUUAUCAUUCACCACUGGGUGGAAGCACCUACAAAGUGAAUCACGCUAUGCCAUAUAUUGAUGCUUUAACACGCUGUGUCAAGCCUCACGAUGGAGCUAAAUAAAA